CUUACAACCACCUGCUCAAUGGCUAGGACGAAACGAAAAAAUGCUAGAACCCGAAGUUCAGCCGAAAAAUCCCACUCUCCACUCUCAAGAAAAAUUUCAAUACUCAACGUGAAUGCGAGCUCUCCUCAUCUAGAGAGGAUGCCUUUGGAAGUGGCGUUUGAAAUUUUCUGCUAUCUUUACCCACUUGAUCUUCUUCGCCUUGCACGAACAGGCAAAAAGUUGCGGAAUUUUCUCAUGUCUCGCUCGCUCAGUGAAAGAAUCUGGCGAACCGCUCGCAGUACAGGGCGAUUCUUUCCCGAACUUCCACCUAUUCCCUCCAACUUUAGUGAACCACAGUUUACGGCCUUCCUUUUUGACUCGACCUUCUGUCAUGUUUGUGGCGAGCAUUCGAAGGAUGUCGUCGUGAACUGGGAUUGCAAGAUAUCGUGUCACAGAAACUGCGUGAAUAAGGUGUUUCUCCCCCUGAACGUCAUCUUGGAAAACCACUCCGAACUCGACCUGGAAACAAUAACAGCGAUUGGAUUCUUCACUCCUAGCCGUGUACAUUCCGGCUCGAGGGUCUAUAUUCCAUCGAUGGUGGAAAAGACUCUUCGCGAGUACAUGGAGGUGAAAGAUGAUCCCGAAAAGCUGGCUCAAUGGCGAGCGAAACAAGGGCAGAAAUAUCUUGAAUUGAGCAAGUGCUAUGAUUGGCAAGGAGGCUUGAUAGAGAGUCGACGUCAACAUAUUGGUGACAGGUUGGAGCUUCUAGAGUGGGGUUAUUUAGGGAUAUACAACUACGAAUUGAGGGAGAAAACAAAGUUUUUAUACGAACAGGCGAAACCUUUUACUGAGGAAGAAUGGAACGAGAUGGAACCGGUAUUCAUUCGAUUUUGGAAGGACAUCAAGGACAAACCUUUCAAAAAAGAAAGGGAACGGACGUUUCUCGAACGAAACCUUGACAUAUGCGAGGAAUACACAGAAUUUCUAGAUGCUCGGUACCAACAAGGUCGUGCUUUCAUUCCCCUCGGCGACCUUCUGCUGAGCCCUGAUUACCACCCGAUGAAUGAAGAGAUCUACAACGUUCCCAUCAACCGUGUCCUCCGCAUAGAAUUUACUGAUGAGCGGCAGGUACAGUUGUGUCUCGAGGACGUGACGCAGAAGUGGAUCACUCGAAAAGGCGACCAGUUGAAAGCCUAUCUUAACUGGUACAACGCAGAAUACGGAACUACGUACUCCGACUUCAAGACGGUGAUUUUUAGAUGCAAGGAAUGCAAUGCAGCGGUAUGGGGCACUCGACUAUAUGUCCACAGAUGCACGACCCAUACCUACUUGGAGGACCAACGCCCACCCAUACAUUGGAAGUUUUCCAAGCUUUACAACCCUUUCGUGGAAAAGCCUAAGUCACCGCGUUGGAAUCAGAAAUGGAUCGAGGGAGGUGGAUGUGGGGUAUGGAGUCUGGAGUGCCUUGACCUUCACCCGCUGGCGACGGAGUAUACGAAGCAGAUCAUGGACCUAUGUGGCGCGAAAGACUUGGAAACUUUGGAGGAGAUGCAUCCGCUAUUGGAAUGCAAGACAUGCCGACCUCCGACCAAAGUUUUCUUUCGAUGGACCGAUGCACUUACCCACUCUGAGGAGGGAGCGGAUAUGCACGAGCUUGGUAUCGCCGAUGUUGACAACGAGACACGAAGACUCUUAGAACACGACGAAGUGGAAACGGCCAUCCAAAAGCUCAUGAGGAGUUAUCGUCCUCACAAUCAUGUCGUCAUCUGCAAAUUGUGCCGGAUAAAUCACAAGAAGAAAACAACCAGCUCCUGUGCAUGGAAGAAAUCCUUUCCACGUCAUUCCUUUCUACAUCAUAUGGAAAAAGCACAUCAGGUUCCGAGAGCGGACAUGCGUUACGGGGUGCAUUUUUCGUGGACAAUCACCGAGGACUUUGUAUAUUUUGAGUCCCAAUGUUCGAUCGGGCAAUCAGGUCAGCUUUCGCCUAUUCCGAGCGUUGAGGAGCCCAGUCUGUAUUCGGAAGUACGUGGUAGAAAGAAAGACCUGUCAGUGUAG